AUGGCAGAGGGGCGGCCUCUUUAUCACGACAAUGAGGCAGAGCCAUUCAAAAGCGUUGUAUACUUGGUAUGCGACGGUGCUUCGGGCUUGCAAAAGUUCGACCUACUGAUGCAUCAUCACGACAUGGUGAUUGCUAUUGCUGAGAAUGAAGUAGAGAAAGCUCAUGUGCUGCAUCUGCAAAAUAUACGCAAGGACACGCUUUCUGAGGCCGAAACUGCCAUCAACAACUUCUUGGACAAAUUUGAACCGCUCGGUGAUGGCGACACUCUUCAGAAUACCACCCUUCAGAAUACCGUCUUUCAAAACUUUGGCCUGGUUUGCGAUCUACUGGAUGAGUUGGAUGAAGAUGCUAGGUGUGAGAUCGAGAAGGUGAAGAAGAAGCUAAGCAAUAUAGAAAACGACAGCCUUCACUAUCCCAAGAGAGUCAAGGACACGACGCCCGGGAAAUUCAACCCAGUUUCUGAGAUGAUUGCUGCCUGCAGCGACUUUCUGGACCAGGCAGAGUCAAUUAUGUCGAAAGCAUACGAGAAUGCUUGCGGGUACCGUCCUGGAAGAGAUGGGGAGAUAUGGAUGACGGACUCUUAUCUAUCUCACCAGUGCCUUCGAAAGUAUCUUGGAGAGCAGAGCGAAAUUCGGGACCUCACCUUUCGUUGGGAGACGCGUGUGAACAAGAGUUCCACUGGGCAGCGAACAUUCGAUGUGUGUUUUUAG